CCGACACCGAGUUGUGUGGAAGAUCAAAGCGACGUUGCGACAAUGGACGCCGAGGAUACGGUGCCAGCACCUCCGCCACCUCCACCAUUGCGCAUCGAUGUAAACGCAGAACCAGACGUGACCCCUGCCACAUCUCCGUCCACCCUGGCCGAGGUGGACCUGUCGGUUUUGGCAGAAUUGCCCGCCGAGGUCCAAGAGGAGGUGCUAGCAACCUUACGCACAGAAGGUUCAUCCACUGAAGUAGCACAACCGAUGGAUAUGCAAAUCACAGCUACAUCGUCUUCGGAUUCGUGGGAGUGCCCGAUGUGUACGUUUCUUAACCACGCAGCGUUGGCAACCUGUGAAAUAUGCGAGUUUUGCAUCCUCGAUUUCGAAGACGGCACUAGCGACACCGUUCUCCCCGACGCGGAGGCAUUUCGACACGCAGCGUCGGCAGCAAAAGCGAAGAUCAUGCGGGUGUUCAAAGCAACGAAUGUCAAGAACGAAGAGCUUCUGCAUUCGGCAUCGGCGGCUUUGCACAAAGUGCAAGCGUCUGCGUCCAAGCAACUCCAACAACUUUCAGAGAAACUGUCCCCUCGAUCCGACAAACACGUCUCCAUGUCGUCGCGGCAUGCUGUGCCGUCGUCCGACGUGUGCUUGGAGCUCUCUGUCCUACGUACCGACUUGAAAACCCCCUGUGAACCAGGAGACGAAGUGUACGAGAGUCUGCUGCACCACUUGUGGACGGCGCUGGUGGACGUGACGAAAGCAACGUCGUUUGAGCGCGAAGGAGAGGUGUGGAUGACGAUUGGAUUCCAACGCAUCAACCCCGACACGGACUUUCGCGGCGGCGGGCUCUUGGCCCUCAAGUGUCUUGUGUAUGUAUGCCACAUGCACGCUGACAAGAUGGUUUUUCUUUUUCGGGAUCAAAAGCCAGAGCCGGGGAAGCGAUGGUAUCCCGUUUGUGUGGCUGGCAUCAACUUGACAUGCCUUUUGGCUGGUCUGUUCAAGCUCGGCGACGGCUCGUUCAUCUCGACGGAAGCGCCGUACUGGCCGUUGUUCACAGAACCGAACGCGUUCUUCGAGAUCUAUUACCUCGUGUUGGUCAAGAUGGACCAAAUCUGGCACCGCAGUCAUGCCACGUACAUGGAGUUUGGCGAUGUCCUCAACGCGACCAAGAAGCUGGUGCGGUACGCGUUGGCGCAGUCACCGAUGUUGAGUCUGGCAGACUUUGCAGCGACCGUCCACGCGAUUCACGUCGACGAGUUCAAGAUCACGCGACGCCAUGAGUACUUUGAGGACCAAGAAGACUUGGAAUGUCCAGACCCGCAUCACGUCCUCGAAUGUGAUGACGAUGCCGAAAGCGUGAAGAAGACGGCCGACCGUGGCAUCGCGGGCCUCCACUACACGCUGCAAAAGUAACAACGACAGCUCACAUAUUGAACUUGAGGCAUCCCGUCUCUUUGUGCUGGUUGCCGCAGCGGACACAGCAAAAUUUGGAGCCACAGCGACCACAUGAAUAGACUGAAAGCAGGCCACACACACAGCAAAAAUGCCGCGGGGGCGUCUUUGGGGGCUUUACCGCCGCCGUCACGUAGUUGAUCACUGAGUCAUUCCCGGGUGCGACAUCCCCGCACUACGAGCGCGCAAGAGCUACAGCGGAAAUAGCACAUCGGACUUACUUCUUCAAAUAUCAAGUGCCUCAAACUCUUGAUCUUGCGCACCACACGAUGCCGGCCCUGCGCUUGAGGCACGUGGAGGGUUCCCUUCGCUUUCGCUUUGCUCUUGGGCUUGGAAGCCUUCUUGGCCACAGCAUCAUCGUCCUCGUCCAACACGAACAUAUCUUCGUCUCCAUCAUCGGUGUUUUCCAUGUAAUUGUCGGCUUCUAAUGCGUCCAGGCGAGCGUUCCGCACUUGCCGACGAGUUUCUUCGUCCACGUGUUUCAUCGUUUUGGAGAUCUUCAUCGUUCGUCCUGCGUAUGUAUAUACAUGAGAAUGGUAUGACAUAUAUCGGAGCAUACCAGAGAAGCGCUUCCUCGGGACGUGGCCGCUGCCAGGAGCUACAACGCCGCUGGACGCCAUGGUUUGGUCCCAUUGCCGCUUGGCGUUUUUGGUCGAC